GCAAAAACUAAGCAAAAAAUCCACACAAACCCUGCACUGCUUAGAUCUCGCCGUGAUCACCUUCCGUACAACACUCGCCGGAAUCGGUCGAUCGGAGAUCAUACGGCCGCCGUGAGCUCUAAUCAACGCUGCAAGAUGAACAAGGACUUCUGGAUGCCAAAAGCUCCAGGAAAUUCAAAUGAUAGUGAUAUAGCUCACAAUAAUUCUCCUAGAAGCGACCUCAAACGUUCUCAACAAUGGUUCAUGGAAGGUGCUGAAGCAGAAUUAUUUCCCAACAAGAAGCAGGCAGUUGAAGUUCCACACCCCAAUUCAUAUACUGCACUUUUAAACUCAAACAUUUCUUCUUGGGGAAAUUCUUCUAGUUUCCACUCCCAAUUCACAGAAAGGCUAUUUGAUGAUGAAACAUCAAGUAUCAGUUACAGUGGGAUUAGAAAAGUCAAAGUCAACCAAGUCAAGGAAUCCGAGGGUUUUGUAUCUGUUUCUUUGGGACAUACCUAUUCCACAGGGGAUAAUAUUAAUAAUACCAUCAAUGAUCAUGCUUAUAGCAAGGCUGAUGAUGAGUCCAUAACAAUGGGACUCUCUUUUGAUAGAGGAAAUGACAGCAUGAUAUCAAUGGCAGACACUUUCAACAGGGGGGACAACAGUUUUAUGUCAAUGGGUGAGCCUUAUAGCUGUCCAUCUGCCAGCAAGGAUAAUAGCAAUAUUACAUCAAUGACUCAAUCUUUCAUCAAAGAGGAUGAUAAUAACAUAGCUAUGGUUGCCUUCAAUGAACAUAGUAAUGCUUUAUUGAUGGAUCAGGUUUUCAACAAGGAUGACACAAUGAGCAAAACUGAUAGCAGUGGUUUAUCAAUGAGACACUCUUUUAGCAAAGUUGAAAACAAUAUCAUCUCUUUUGGUGGAUUAAGUGAUGAUGCUGAUAACAUGAAUUCUUCCGGAAGGCUUGUAUGCAAUUAUGACUUUUUAAUGGGACAGCCUUCAGUUCAAAGAUUAGAAGAACAUGGCUUUUCUGAAUCUACAAGUGAUGCACUUGUUAGUGGUGUACAAGUAGAUACUAUUUCAAGGAAAAAAGAUCAAAAAGGAAAUAAAAAGGCACCUCCUAAUAAUUUCCCUUCAAAUGUCAGAAGUCUUUUAUCAACUGGUAUGCUAGAUGGGGUUGCUGUGAAGUACAUUGCAUGGUCAAGAGAGAAGGAGCUCCGUGGUGUUAUCAAAGGUGCUGCCUAUCUUUGUGGCUGUCAAUCAUGUACUUUCUCCAAGGCUAUUAAUGCUUAUGAGUUUGAACGUCAUGCUGGAUGCAAAACAAAGCACCCGAAUAAUCACAUUUACUUUGAGAAUGGAAAGACAAUAUAUGGGGUUGUUCAAGAGCUGAGAAACACGCCUCAGAGUGUGUUAUUUGAUGUUAUUCAGACAAUUACCGGAUCGCCAAUCAAUCAAAAAUCUUUUCGACUUUGGAAAGAAUCAUUCCUGGCUGCUACACGGGAGCUUCAGCGGAUAUAUGGGAAGGAAGAAGGAAAGAUUGUGUCAUAGAUCUGAUUUUAGUAAGGGGUGGAGUGGAAAAUGGAGUUAGAAAUUUACAAGUUUUUCCAAUAUGAUUGUUGGUAAGUUUCUCGUGGCCGAUGUAAAUUCCUUUUGCUAAAAUUGUGUGUUUUUGUAUAACAAUGAUGAAGUCAGUUCAGUUACCUUAAAAAAACACCCCCCUCGUUUUCAAAAUCGUUAUAAAAAUAGAAAUUUACCCAUUAGGCACUCAAAAGUUUGACAUUUGUGCUUUCCUCAUAGGCAAUGCACCAAUAAAAACUUUACCUCGAAUCAGGAAUCUUACUUUUAAUAUUGUCUGAUAUCUUUGUUUCUUAGAUUCAUUCGUACCGACUGUUUUUUUGUUAUCCGUGGUUUAUGGGUAUUUCCGUCUUUUCACACUAAAUAGAUGAACAGACUUCACACCUUUAUGACAUAAUCAUAACAUUUAUCUCCUUUUUUUAGAAUCCGUUACAUUUAAAAGCUUAAAACGGUUGUACUAAUUUUAACAUGGUUUACGUAACGUAUACCGGGAUUUAUGAUUUUUGUUAUGUGAUAUACGAUAGAUACGCAUAUACGGUGUGAUUUUUUAGAUAGGCAAUAAUGCAAAGUGUGAGUUGCGUAUGAAAGCACUAAUUUCUGUUUAACAAAAGCCAUUUCUUUUUAAAGGUUUUAUGGGGGUAUGUAUGAUUGGUGUAGGGUGAUGAUAUAUAUAUGUGUUAGUGAUAUGAAUGGGGUAUUUUUUAUAUGUUUUCCACGCAACUUAUUACUUUUUGUAUGGUGGAAAAUAUGUUAGAUUAUGUUGUUGCCUUGUUAGGGGACCUUUGUUUUGAGAUCAAUCAU